AGCGUCGCGCGUGAGGGGAAAAAUUGAGAAAAUUAUGACGACCAAUCGCACGGCCGUACUCCUCCCUUUGCCCCCCGGUGCCCCCUCUCCUCCCCCCAGGAGCUUCGCCGCGAUAACACAGUGCGGUGCGAUAGCGCGCGAUUGGGACGCGCGGCGAGCGGCAAUGAGUGCGCUCUUUACACCUCAAAUUUACCUAACCCAGCUAAAUUAGGACGCUUACACAUUACAAGCCCGUUAAACUCGAAUUAUGAAGAGCAUGCAGUUGUCACGUGGGGAGGACCCACAGGCCGAUAGCGGCGGUGAGGCGUUGCAGCUUGUUAAGAACGAGGAGCGGGUCGAAGGCACAGCCGGUGCUAAUGAAGGGGAACCGAUGCCCGAGGGGGAGCAGCAAUCAGUAAUCACAUCGCGCCGAGCGUUGCGAACUAUCACUGCAGCUGGUCACAUCACCGAGACUCCCGAAGGCAUAGAUGAUGUUAAAGACGAGCCACCUGAGCCUCAAAUGGAACCCUACCGUACGGCCGCUGAAUCCGAACGACCAUACGAUGAAGAACGGCUGCGCGCCGCUGAGCAAGACGCCGCACGCUACCUCGCUUUUAAGCAGGAGCCGUACCGUACGCAACAGCCACCUUCACCGUCUUCUCAGAUGGAUAAACGCGCCAUCCCGUCUUACCGCGCACCUGCAGGGCGUCCGCAAUACGGACGUAGUCUGGCGCUGCGCUAUGGAGCACCGUACCACGUUAUAGUAUCGCAGGAUGGCGAAGAAGCGCCGCCCGAUGGGACCGAGACGUACGGAGGAGAGACUGAUGCACGUCACUAUGCUGUAGCCGCCUCUUUGCAAACUGAUCAUGGGCCUACUUUAGAAAUGAUCCAGACAACAGCUCUAAACAAUCAGCAAGCAGUCGGCGUCGCUUACCAACAGGUGAAGUACGAAGGGCGUGGAUCGGGAAUCGCGGGAGGGGCGGGGAGUUCCGGCGGGGCAGGGAGCGCAAGCGAAGCGGAAGCGCGGGCAAGCACGUAUGCAAGCCUGCAACCUGUGACGUCAGUCCAAGGCGGAUAUACUUACGCACAAAGCCCACAGUAUGCCACUGGAGGUUAUGGUGCCUACCCGCCUGCCGCACCCACUAAAGAGCUGGUGACGCUGUAUGGAGGUGGCGGCGGACGCGGAGAGGAUAGCCCGCCGCAAUUGCUAUACCGCGCUGACCCCACUCUGGCGUCAUCAGGAUUAGGCACUCGGGUAGUAUACGGCCAAGCACCAUACGAGCCGUCUGCUAGCCCUGCUCCGCAGCAGGUCACGCUUUACUCGCACGGCAGCGCGGUGCAGUACAAGGUGGGCGGUGAAUACCUCGCGCAGAGUGGAGUUGAAUACGUGCCUGUCUCUGGAUACGAAACUGGUUUGCUUGUUGAGAGCUACGCACCACCCUCGCAGCCAUGGCCAUCGCAUAACUUGUUACCUAUGGAUGAGCAGUUUGACCCUGGAAUGGCUGGCAUGGGUGAAGUCAAAGAGUGCGUAAACUGUGCGGCCGCAACUACCCCGCUUUGGCGCCGCGACGGCACCGGUCAUUAUCUGUGCAAUGCCUGCGGUCUAUACACGCGCAUAAACGGGGUCAACCGACCUCCACUCAAAGGACAGAAGGCAAAGCCACAGCAAGCGCUGCCGACAAACGGUAACCGACGUGUAGGUGUGACCUGUGCAAAUUGUCGCACAUCCAACACGACGCUUUGGAGGCGCAACAACAACGGUGAACCAGUCUGCAACGCCUGCGGCCUCUAUUACAAGCUGCAUAAUGUAAACCGACCAUUGAGUAUGAAAAAAGACGGAAUCCAGACCAGGAAACGAAAACCAAAGAGUAUGGGUGGUGGACAUAGCGGACACGGCGGACACGGUGGCGUAUCCCGCGGCGGCGGUUUAACAGUGGAGGCACACUCGCACAAGGUGCUGCCUCCGCUGUACGCAGCUGUGGAGGGUGCCGCGCCAAUGCUGCUACUACCUGCAACGCAUCACGAAGGCGCGUUAUCAGCAUUAGAUCGAGGAAGUUCCACACCGACAUCGCACUACAGGCCUCCCUAGUUCCAAGGUCACAUAGCACAUUGGUCAAUUCCUCGCUUAACAUUAAUCAGUACAAUGCAAUGAAAUUCUGCUCUCAAUAGAUGAGUAUAAUUAUUACUCAGUAAGGUGGACACAAUAGGAAAGAUUAAUUGAUAUUAACUAACGAAUCAGGUUUUAAUAUGAAGUUAUUUAGUCAUUUAUGUUAUGAUAAACUUUGGUUAGGAAGAGUAGCUAUUCAAGCCAUUGAGAAAAGAUUAUACAAACAGAUGAAAUAAGUUACUUCACUGAGUUAAAGUCACUCACUGUAUUCGUAGCACUUUUUUAUAUAUCCAACUAUUAAUCCCCAAUGAGAGUAAUUCCUUUAAAUAAAUUUUCUUCUCUCGGAAAAGGUUUGUUAGAGAAAAUACCACUAAAAUUGUAUUUUCCGUAGAAAUGAACAAAUUAUUAUUAACAUUUUUUUAUUAGAGGCUCUCAGUUAUGUAUUUCGAUUACUUAAUAGUGGAAUAGGUGUAACAGAGAUGUAAAUAAAAUCUUUAUAGUACCAAAUGUGGACGAAUAAUGUAUGUACUUAGAUUAUAUUAUCUUUUAAGCCAAAGAUAAAGUCAAGCCAAAAAGCGCAAUGCGAAUGCGGUAAUUAAUAAUUAUUAUUAAAGAUCAGACGACAUGGGGAAUUUAAAUCUUUAUUAUCUACGAGAUAUGAGCCCUUAGUUCACCUGUUCUAUUUAAGAACAAUUUAGUAUGCAAAUACGAUAAUUAGCCAAAUAAAAUGUACUUUAUAUUAAUUGUAUUGUAAUUGCAACCUUAAUGGUUGAUGAUAUAUUGUACAUUUCUGUAUCAGUCUUUCUUUGGCAGUCAUGGUGACUCUCAAACUUCUUUUUUUUAAGCAGUAGGACAAUUAAGCAACAAUAAUUACUCUUCUAAGGCUACUUAAGGUAUAAAAUACCAGUAGCCUUCCAAGUAGCUCCAAUAGCGAUCCCAAAUUCAACAACGAGUUUGCGUACUACGUAAUUCCAGCGCGAUAUCAACGAACGAAUAUUGAGACGAAAUAGAAAAAAAUAACUUGUCAUUGAAAUCGUUAUUGAAGUUACAGACGUUCUAGCGUUUUAAUGGCAAUGGGUGUCGCCAUCUAGCGGACUACCACGAAUUUAUAGUAUAUAACGUGCCAGUGAACAAUUAAUAUAUAAAAUAGAUAAUAUUGUACAGGCAUUUAUUUAUGUUUAGUAAUUUUAAGUAGACGUUUUUGUAACAUAUGUAGUUUUAAGUGUAUGUUUUGUAAUAAAUCUCUUGCCAUA